GUCAGUGGCCCUGGUUAGGGUUGAAGAAAGACUUUGUCCUUUGGUGUUGGCGCCAUGCUGUCGGCACCUGUCGGCUUCAGAGGCCAGUUCGAGGCCCUCCCAAGCAGUCACCGUCCAACCGCGAGGCCUCUUGGCCCGGAGCCGCGUGCCGGGUGGCGUCCCGCCAGCUGGCUCGCUGCCGCGGUGGGAGUAGUGCUGCCCAGGGCUCGUUCCUCAGUACGGAAGAGCUUUGCUGGCUCGACCCAGGAGUCGUUGGCUCGGUCGCCCCAAGUCCGAAGGUAUCUGGUGACCCCGGAGCCCCGCAGGUGGAGAAAGCCCUUCAAACCUGCGAUCCGCCCGGAACGGGAUCCAACGUACUACUCCGACGAUGAUCCUCGGAAGAGCCGCCCGCAAUUUGCCAAGUUCGCUCUCAUGGCCAAGGAGCUGUGUUGGGUCACCAGUUAUCAGCUGGAGGAGGCCCGCCGUGAGAUUGUGGCGGCCUCCAGCCGUUCGGCCAAGGUUUAUUUGCGGGUGUACCCCCACAAUGCCAUUACGCAGAGGAUCGCAGACAGCCGGAUGGGAGCCAGCAAGGGGAAGUUCGAAUAUUGGGUCGCGGCCCUCAAGCCUGGCGUGGUGAUCUUUGAGAUCAACGUGGACUCCGAGGAGUUGGCACGGAUGGCGCUGAAAGCUGGAAGUCGGAAGCUGCCCUUUAAGGUGGGCUUCAAGAUGCGCGAAGAGGGACCCUCACUCUUCGAGAUCACGGGUUGAGGGCACCGGACCGGUGGGCUCCCGUCGUUCACGGCGAAGAAAAGGGGGACGAACAGGAGGCGAACGGUCGGCAGUGGCGUCCAAAGGAGCGCGGUGGAGGUGGUUCUUGGUGGGGUGCUGGUGUGUUUCUGGUAGAUCGACGGGCAUUGGUUGCUGCAUCCGAUCCAUCUUCCCACCUUUCCCUGCUCCCG